UCCAUUAGUUACAUUUCUGUUUUGUCUAAAAUCGUUUUAUUGGUGUAAAAGUUUUACUAACAUUUUGCAUAUACAAAAGUAAAGACUUACCAGUACAACGGAUCCUGUAUUGCGAGAGAUGAAGCCAACACCGGCUGCUGAUGAAAUGUUCAGUACGGACAUGGAAGAGUCCGGUAGUUCCUCUGGCCUGCUCAUCGAUUUGCCAACUAACGAGAAGCAAGUGCACGCCGACUUCUACAAUGAUUUUGAUGAUUUAUUUGAUGAUGAUGACGAUGUGCCAGUGAACAGUAGCGAAUAAACCACUUUCAAAAAUAAUCAUAUAUAAGUACAUCCAUGUAACUAAUAAAAUAGCACAUUUUUAUUUGAAGUUCAAA